CUCAACAGCUGUGCCUCUAAACUUGCAGCCCCCCUCAGUCGGAGAGUGGAUUGGAGUGAGCAGGAAAAGAAAAAGCAUUUGCGAAUAGAACGAAGCAGUGUGACUUCACUUGGACGCACAGGCACAGACUCAAACCUCAGAGCAAGACAACCGAGAAGUUUGCUGCGCGUCUUAGGAGGGAACGAGUCACCUCGAACGUGUAUUCCUCUGCUAAAUAUUCAUUUUUUAUUUUACGCAAGACUAAACACUGAGCAACAGGAAGAAUGCAUAAGCGCACCAAGAUAAAUAUUGCCAUUUUUGUGCUGAUGGUGGGAAUGGCCUGCAUGUUCACUGCAGUGGUGACGGACUACUGGGCUGUGCUCAGCCCUCAGGUGAGGAGGGUCAACGCAACCUGUGAAGCGGCACACUUUGGCCUGUGGAGGCUGUGCAAGAAGCACAUCUACAUCAGCGCUGAGAACUACCAGGAGAAACAUGGAUGCGGACCCAUCAGCCUGCCGGGAGAUGAAAACUGCACUUACUUCGGCCACUUCACUCCAGGACAGGAUACUGAGAUAUUUGAACACAAAACACAGAAAGAGUACAACAUCUCUGCUGCAGCCAUCUCCAUCUUCAGUUUGGUCUUCAUGAUCUUGGGAUGCCUGUGUUUGAUUGGCUCGUACACUGGCAAGGGCAAAGGAAGACAAUAUCUACUCAAACCUUCAGGAAUGUUCUUCGCAUUUUCAGGUCUGUGUUCAUUCAUCUCACUGGAAGUGAUGCGUCAGUCAGUCAAACGCAUGAUCGAGAGCGAGGACACCAUCUGGAUGCAGUACUACUACAGCUGGUCCUUCGCCUGUGCCUGCGUCGGUUUCAUCCUCCUCUUUCUCACCGGCAUCGCCCUUCUCAUCCUCUCCAUGCCACAAAUGCCCAGGAACCCAUGGGAGACUUGCAUGGAUGCCGAGCCAGAGCAAGUAGAGUGAAAAGUGGAAGGAUUCAGUAUGAGGAGCUGUCCAAAGAGAGGGAGGUUGGCUUGGAAGGACCAUGGCCAUGAUGGGAAUUUACCUCUCAACCGUUAAACAACUUGAAUGUAGGUCUUUUGUAGAUGUUUCUAAAUUAUUUACAAUAAAUGAAAAGUACAAUCUCAUCUAUUAAACCUUUUGAUGAUGGAGAUGAGUCCCUCGUUCACAAGGAGACAGGCUGGAUUUAUAUUGCAAUUGUAAACGCACUGGGUACAAUAUUAGGUACACCCGCACAAUUUAAUUCCAUAUAGAUAUAUAAACACAAAGUCUGGAUUGGAAUAUACUCUUUGGUGAGGAUGCAGCAGUUCUACACAAUCAUAAACAUAUUGUUAUGGUUUCUACAAAUAAGUUGAGUCAAUCACUACUGAGUAUUAUCUUUGCAAAGUAUUUUUUAUACAGCCUUUGUAUUGGAUUAUAUAUCGAUAGGCCUACUCCCAUAUUAUAACAUUAUGAAUGUGGCUGCAUCUGGUUUGAUGACAAUUCUGCCAUUUUUAAUGUGCAUGUGGUCUGCUGCCUUAUGUAUGAUACCUUGUACAUAUUUUAGUAUUUAGUAUAUUUUCAUUUUUGUUUUUGCAGGACUACUCAAGUAAACAUUCAACUGCACAAAAAACGAUUAUACUUCAGAAACCAAGAUAAAAAUGGGCUCUAAGUUUUAGAUUAGUUGAGUUUACUGUAAUUAUUUAACAAUGACAAAUCAAAUUGUCUACACCUUAAAAUUGGUAUUGAUACAUAUAUAUAUAUAUAUUUUAUCUUCAUGCUGUUAAGCUGCAGCUGUUUAAUUGCAAUCUGUGGUAUAUUUCCCCCCCUUUUAGCCCUCCAAAAAACAUUUCUGAUAAAUACCACUAUGAUACUAUAUUUUUAAAAACGUUGACAUACAUUCUUUUCAUUGGACAGUGACCAUGUGAGAAACAGAUACAAUGAUUGGCUGGUUAUUUUUUAUAUAUAGGUACUUAUUGGUGGCUUUGUCUGGAUUGAAUUGUUUUAUAUUGUUCUAUGAUUAAAGCAUGUGAUUUGAUUUUAGAAUGCCCUAUAUCCUGUGUGUGUAACUUUUUCAUGAAAAAUAAA